GGAAGGACGGCAGCGGCAUCUGCGACGGCAAGGGCCUCGAGGGUGGCUACAUCAACCGCGCGCUCAGCGAGACCGACCUGGUCGACUCCAGCGACUCGCUCGCCUCGCACCGCGAGAUCAGCGGCUCUUCCGACUUGGUCUGUGAGUAUUUCGAUCGCGACCCCACGACCAGCCUGCCACAGUCCGGAAGUGCGGACGUUGACCGUCGUGCGCACGCGAGAGAGAGAGAGAGAGAGCGAAAGAGAGAGAGAGAGAGAGAUUGAGAUAAUUGCGAGUUGGUUUUCGCCUGAGCGCGAAUUCCCGUUCGUACUAAUCCACGAUUGAUUCGCACGCUGCCCAAGGAUGCCAUCGCAAAAGUAAGUGAUCGAAAAAUCGCUGCUUUUAGAAGCUUUGUUUUCAUCGGAUACGUAAUGGUCAGACGCUGCUUACAUAGCUUAUGUAGCUCCGACGAUUGCGGAGGCGGUGCUCGUGCCUUUUUUUUCCUUUUUUUUAUUGCUCUCGAGGCACAAAGAAGCGCCGAAGAUGAAAAAGAAUCGUGUAAUUGGCUCGGUUAUCCGUCGCGCGUUUUCAUCCGCUCGGAAUGCGCGGCGGAGAUCGCGGCGAGCAAAAAACGGCGAAAAAAGAGGAGGCAAAAAAGCAGGCCUCACGGCGGACAAUCGAAGCGCCGGAGCGCGAACGCAUGAGAUCGAUGUGCGCGCGACAAUCGAAGCGUCGUCGGCUCACGGCCGCGGCGGACGAGCCGCAGGGGACUCUGAGGGCUGUGCGAGGGUUGCAGUGGUGGAGGAGCCAGGCGCAGGGCAGGACGAGUCGAGCAGUAGGCGGACACGCGAGGGCCUGGCGAGCGCGUGCCUGCGCGAGCUGCGGAGGAGGUGCACGCGCAAGACGCUGCACAAGCGGCUGCCGGUGCUCGACUGGCUGCCGCGCUACAGCGGCCAGGACGCGCUGGGCGACCUGGUGGCCGGCGUCACGGUCGGCCUCACCGUCAUCCCGCAGUCGCUCGCCUACGCGAACGUGGCGGGCCUGCCGCCGCAGUACGGCCUCUACGGCAGCUUCUUGGGCUGCUUCGUCUACAUCGUGCUCGGCUCGUGCAAGGACGUGCCGUUCGGGCCCACCGCCAUGGUCUCGCUGCUCACCUACCAGACGGUGGCCCAGCUGCCCAGCCCCGAGCAGCACGCCGUGUUGCUGAGCUUCCUCGUGGGCUGCGUGCAGCUGCUCAUGGGCUGCCUCGGCCUCGGCUUCCUCGUCGACUUCGUCUCGGGCCCCGUCAGCUCGGGCUUCACCUCGGCCGUGGCCCUCAUCAUCGUGUCGUCGCAGGUCAAGGACAUCCUCGGCAUCCCCGCGCAGGGCACCACCUUCCUGCAGCUGUGGACGAGCAUCGCGCGGAACGCGCACCAGGCCUCGGGCUACGACGCCGCGCUCGGGCUCUGCUGCAUCGGCCUGCUGCUCGCGCUCAGGGUAGGCGCGCGCGCGCGCGGCGAGCCCCGCCCCCAGCCGCCGCUCCGUCGCUCACGCUCUCUGUCUCUCUCUCCCUCUCUCGCUCUCUCGCUCUGUCCCGCGCCUGCCGGCGGGGCGCAGGCGCUGGCCGCGGCGAGGAUCGGCUCGGACGAGCAGCAGCGGCGCAGCGCCAGGCACCGCGCCGCCAACCGGCUGCUCUGGCUGACGGGCACCUCGCGCAACGCGCUGCUGGUGGUCGGCUGCGGCCUGCUGGCCUACAGCUUCCCCGCCGACGAGAGCCCCUUCCAGCUGAUCGGCCACAUCCCCGGGGGCAUGCCGGCGGCGCGGCCGCCCCCGCCGCUCGGCGGCGGCAACGGCACCGCGCUCACGCUCGUGGAGAUGUGCGCCAACCUCGGCAGCGGCGUGCUCGUGCUGCCGCUGGUCGCGCUGCUGGAGGACGUGGCCAUCUGCAAGGCCUUCGCCAGCGGGCGCUCGGUGGACGCCACCCAGGAGCUGCUGGCGCUGGGCGCGGCCAACCUGGCCAACUCGUUCGUGCAGGCCUUCCCGGGCAGCGGCUCGCUCAGCCGCAGCGCCGUGAACAACGCGUCGGGCGCGCGCACGCCGCUGGGCGGCGCCUACACCGGCGCGCUCGUCGUCCUCGCGCUGCUCUUCCUCACGCCCUGCUUCGCCUUCAUCCCCAAGGCCGCGCUCGCGGCCAUCAUCAUCGCCGCGGUGGUGUUCAUGGUGGAGGUGAAGGUGGUGAAGCCUAUGUGGAGGACCAAGAAGUCGGACCUGAUCCCCGGGCUGGGCACCUUCGUGGCGUGCCUGGUGCUGCAGGUGGAGCUGGGCAUUGCCAUCGGCGUGGCCGUGAACGUGCUGUUCAUCCUGUACCACGCGGCCAGGCCCAAGAUCUCGGUGGAGAAGCUGCAGAGCCGGCGCGGCGCCAGCUACCUGAUGCUCACGCCCGACCGCUGCCUCAUCUUCCCGUCGGUGGACUACGUGCGCCACCUGGUCACCAAGUACGGCCGGCGCGAGGCCGUCACGCCCGUGGUGAUCGACUGCACGCACAUCUACGGCGCCGACUUCAGCGCGGCCAAGGUGGUCGAGUCGCUCACCGAGGACUUUGCCGCGCGCGGCCAGCCGCUCUUCUUCUACAACCUCAAGCCCUCGGUCUACGCGGUCUUCGAGGGCGUGGCGCCCAAGGACUUCGUCGUCUACUACACGCAGGAGGGCCUCGACGACUUGCUCAAGGAGCGCGCGCUCGCCUGCGCCAAGCGCGCGCCCUGAGUCCGUGUCCCAGCCCCUUUCGUUUCCGACCGCUCCCGUCCCCCUCCUGCCCCCCCCCCUCCCCCACCCCACCCACCCCCGAGGCGGCUUGUUCUGUGAUAAUGUUUUUAACGUGGAUGCGCGCGCCCGGGACGGAGCCCGACCGAGGCGGCAUCGCCAGAGAUUGGCUAAGUGUAUAGACGCGAUGUCCCCGAGCCGUGCGCUCGGGCAGUGCGGGCCACAGUGGCAUAACUGCAUCGCUGUACCAUAAGAAUUCUAUAUUUAUAAGUAUACCGAUGAAUUUUCGCUUGUGCAAGGAAAAACAAAUACACACCCAGACACCUCUUUGC